UAUCUCGUCGUUGCGUCGCCAAGCAGGCCCAGAUCUCGGUCCUCUAGCAGAAACAAGGGGGGAAAAAAAACAAUGUCUUCUUCUCGCUGGGUUAGGCCGGAGGUGUACCCGCUGUUCGCGACGACAGGGGUGGCUGUGGGGAUCUGCGUGAUGCAGCUGGUGCGCAACAUCACGGGCAACCCGGAGGUGCGGGUGACCAAGGAGAACCGGGCGGCGGGGGUGCUGGACAACCACGACGAGGGCCGGCGCUACUCGCAGCACGGCGUGCGCAGGUUCUGGCUCUCCCAGCGCCGCGACUACAUGCAGGCCAUGGACAACGUGCCCACAGACACAUCGUCGUCAAGGCCCACCACCAACAAGUAGAUUUAUAUAUAUAUGCAUCGUCCCCAAAAUACACAACUGCAAUGCAUAUUAUACUAUUGCAGCAUCAUAUAUAUCCCUAUAUGCAUGCGUUGAUCAAUAUAAUUCAGAUAUAUAAGUGUUACUAGUUACAUUCAGUCAUUGUACGUGUUCGCAUGCAUACUGUAAGUUUGAUGUUUUCCUACUCUCUCUAUAUACAAAUCCGAUCUCUCGAUCAUCCCACUAUACAUGUUCAGUAUUCAAACUGUUCGUUUCGUAACGUGUUUAUAUUUUUGCA